AUGAGCGGCCGCAACGCGUCCGACGAGCUCCGCGUCCUGUGUGGCCCCGGCCCGCUGUUCCUGCAGCCGCUCUGGGACGGCCUGCGGGCCCGGGAGGCGCUCCUGCAGUCGCCCUUCUUCCCGGCCGUCUUCUCCAUCGGCACCUACCUGGGCUGCUGCCUGCCGUUCGUGCUGCUGGACGCGCUGUGCCCCUGGGUGCCCGCGCUGCGGCGCUACAAGAUCCACCCGGACUUCGCGCCGUCGGCGCGGCAGCUGCUGCCCUGCCUGGCGCAGACCCUCUACCAGCACGCCGUGUUCGUGUUCCCCGUGACGCUGCUGGACUGGGCCCGCGGCCCGGCCCCCGUGCCCCCCGAAGCCCCCGAGCUGCUGCAGCUGGCGCGCCACGUCGGCUGCUGCCUGCUGCUCUUCGACGCCGAGUUCUUCGCGUGGCACGUGCUGCACCACCGGGUGCCCUGGCUGUACCGCACGUUCCACAAGGUGCACCACCAGAACGCGGCGUCGUUCGCGCUGGCCACGCAGUACAUGAGCGUCUGGGAGCUGUUUUCCCUGGGCUUCUUCCACCUGCUGAACGUCACGCUGCUCGAGUGCCACCCGCUCACCGUGCUGGUUUUCCACGUGCUCAACAUCUGGCUGUCGGUGGAGGACCACUCGGGCUACGACUUCCCCUGGUCCACGCACAGACUCGUGCCCUUCGGCUGCUACGGCGGCGUGGAGCACCACGACCUGCACCACUCGCAGUUCAACUGCAACUUCGCCCCCUACUUCACGCACUGGGACAAGCUGCUGGGGACCUUCCGGUCCCCGCACGCCAAGUGA